CCGUCGAGACGGUUGUGUCGGCGCCAUUUUGGAAAAUUAAAAAUCGUGUUGUGUUGAAAAAUACUGACCAGUGCUGUUACUCAAAGUGUGUGGUUAAAAUACUGUUUUAUUUGAGUGCUAUUCAGUGGUUUUUCAUCGAUUUUUAAGGUUCAACAAUGACGUAAGCAGCCAACACGAUGUUGCGUGCACUUCUCUCCUGCGUAAGCGCACUAUGCCUGGUGAGCUAUGUUCACGCAUGCGCGUGGGCGUGCUCGUGUCGACCCGGCGCCGCCGACUGCGCACACCGGGCCCUGCUGCACGUGCCCAAACGGGUGCCCACUGACGCCCAGAGGCUAGACCUGCAAGGGAACAACAUCACCAUAAUUUUUCAGAGUGACUUCCAGAACUUGAAGGACCUCAAAAUAUUACAAUUAUCAGAAAACCAGAUUCACACAAUCGAGAGAGACGCGUUUUUGGAGCUCAACGGUUUAGAAAGACUGAAACUGAACAAUAAUCGACUGGGACAGUUGCCCGAUGGCCUUUUCAUGAGAAUGAGACACCUUCAAAGAUUAGACUUGAGUCGUAAUGAGCUGACUGCAAUAUCACGGCGUACCUUCCGCGGUCUAUCUACCCUGAAGAGUCUGCACCUCGAUGGAAACCAGCUCAAAUGUGUGGACGAGAAGGCUCUCGAGCAUUUGAAGAGCUUGGAAGUUUUGACCUUGAACAACAACAAUCUGACGUAUCUGUCGGUGGAGCCUGCGGCGGUGACGCGUCUGCACACGCUGCGGUUGACAGACAACCCGCUGGUGUGCGACUGUCGCGUCGCGCGGCUCGCGAGCGCCGUGCGCGCCGCUGGGAUCCUAGGAGUCGGUGCCAGAUGUCAAGCCCCUGCAGCUUUGAGGGGGGGUCUGCUGACAGAUUUGGAGCCGCACGAGCUUAUAUGCAGCGGGCCAACGACUGCGAUCCAGGCGGAGUGUUCUGCGGAGCCUCGCUGCCCACCCCCGUGCCGCUGCACGCCCGAGGGUACGGUGGACUGCCGGGAGAAGCUGCUCACAGAACUACCCGCUUCCAUACCGCAUCGCGCCACUGAGAUCCGCCUAGAACAGAACGAGAUAACGGAGGUCGGCGCGGGCGCAUUCGCCAGCGUGAAGCGGGUCGCGCGCAUCGACCUCUCGAACAACAAGAUUGUGAAGUUAGCCGCAGACGCGUUUGGCGGGCUCACGCACCUCACUUCACUGGUCCUGUAUGGAAACAAAAUCAAGGAUUUGCCCUCUGGGAUAUUUCAUGGGCUGGCGUCGUUGCAACUACUGUUACUGAACUCUAACGAAAUAACCUGUGUCCGCAAAGACACGUUUCGGGAUCUACAGAACCUGAAGUUAUUGUCGCUCUAUGACAAUAACAUCAGAUCGCUACCAAAUGGAACUUUCGACGCUUUGACUGGGAUCCAAACGUUACAUCUCGGUCGGAACCCAUUCUCGUGCGACUGCUCGCUGCGCUGGCUGGCGGCGUACCUGCGCAAGAACCCCAUAGAAACCUCCGGGGCCAAGUGUGAGGCCCCCAAGCGGAUGAGCCGCAAGAGGAUCGACGCCCUCCGAGAGGAAAACUUUAAGUGCAAACCCGGCGAGGAGCCCCCGAACGCAUGCGGCGCGCUGGCGGCGUGCCCGGCGGCGUGCGCGUGCGAGUACGCGGCGCGCGCCGUCAGCGUCAGCUGCGCGCGCGCCGCGCUCGUGGACCUGCCAAGGGACCUGCCGCUCAACACGGACAGCUUAAUAAUGUCGGAUAACAACCUUGGACAGAUCAAGUCAGAUGGACUCUUCGGCAGGUUACCAGACUUGAAUAAACUGGACUUCAGAAACAACGGUAUAACGGUGAUAGAAGACAAUGCAUUCGACGGUGCUGCCAACAUUCAGGAGUUACUGCUGGACGGGAACCUACUGCAGACUAUCACGGACAAGAUGUUCUUUGGUCUACACAGCCUCAAUGUCUUGUCCUUGUCAAAUAACAAGAUCCGAUGUAUCACUCCUGGCGCCUUCGACCAUCUGACCAUGCUGUCUACACUGCGGCUGGAGGCCAACCCGCUGUCGUGCACGUGCCACCUCUCCUGGCUGGCGGCGUGGCUGCGCGCGCGCCGCCUAGCCCCCCUGGCCGCGUGCGGCGCGCCCGCCGCGCUGCACGGCGCCGGCCUGCACCACCUGGACCUGGCCGACUUCAAGUGCACCCCGGAAGACAAAGGCUGCCUGUCCCCGGACUACUGCCCAGCCCCGUGCGCGUGCACCGGCACGGUGGUGCGCUGCUCGCGCGCACAGCUCACCGCGCUGCCCGGCAACAUACCGCGCCAGACCACCGAGCUGUAUCUGGAAUCGAACGAGAUAACAAGCAUCUCCCCGGAGCAGAUCCGCCACCUGACGCAACUGACGCGGCUGGACCUUUCCAACAACAAGGUCUCCGUGCUCGCCAACAACACCUUCGAGGGACUCCACAAGCUGUCCACCCUCAUAGUGAGCUACAACAAGCUGCGAUGCGUGCAGAGAGACGCCCUGAAGGGUCUGACACAGCUGCGCGUGCUAUCGCUACACGGGAAUAACAUCUCCAUGCUGGCUGACGGGGUGUUCAGGGACCUGGAGUCCAUCUCACAUGUUGCUCUCGGCUCGAACCCCCUCUACUGCGACUGCAACGCCCGCUGGCUCUCCGAAUGGGUGAAGAGUGCUGGGGAGUACGUGGAACCGGGAAUCGCUCGAUGUUCAGAACCCGCCCCAAUGCGAGACAAACUCAUAUUGAGCACGCAGUCCUCCGCGUUUGUAUGCAGAGGCAACCCCCCGGCGGAAGUGGUGUCGAAGUGCGACCGGUGCUACAACAACCCGUGCGCCAACGGCGGGUCGUGCGCGGCCACGCCGGCGGGGGGCUUCGUGUGCGCGUGCGCGCGCGGCUACCACGGCGACACGUGCCAGCACCACAUCGACGCCUGCUACGGCUCGCCCUGCGCCAACGGCGUCUGCAGGGUGCUGGAGGAGGGACGCUUUCACUGUUCCUGCCUACCCGGCUACACGGGCGUGCGAUGCGAGGUCAACAUCGACGACUGCUUGAAUAACCGUUGCCUGAACAACGCGACCUGCCUCGACCACCUGGAGGGAUACUCCUGCAAGUGCGCUCCUGGGUUUAUGGGCGAAUUCUGCGAGAAGAAGAUCCCGUUCUGCACGGCGGAGUUCAACCCGUGCGCGAACGGCGCCGCGUGCACCGAUCACGGCAGCCACUACACGUGCAGCUGCCCGCGGGGGUACUCCGGGCAGAACUGCACCGUCAACGCCGACGACUGCAUCAACCACAUGUGUCAGAACGGCGCGACGUGCGUGGACGGGCUGGAGGAGUACAAGUGCGCGUGCGCAGCGGGCUACGCGGGCCGCUACUGCGAGGCGGCGCCGCACGCCGCGCUCGGCACCUCGCCCUGCGCGCACCACGACUGCGUGCACGGCGUGUGCUACCUGCCCGCCGCCGGCCUGGCGCUGCAGGACGACAUUAUGAUGGAGCGGCCGCUGCUCUCCACCGCCACCGACUACAUGUGCAAGUGUGCGCCGGGGUACUCGGGUCGCCUGUGCGAGUACCUCACAUCGCUUACCUUCAGCCACAACGACUCUCUGGUGGAGCUCGAGCCGCUACGCACCAUGCCGCAAGCUAAUGUUACUCUAGUGUUCAGCACGACUCAAACGCACGGUGUGCUCAUGUACUUUGGAGACAACGAGCAUCUCGCCGUGGAGCUGUUCAACGGGCGCAUACGCAUCUCCUACGAUGUUGGCAACCAUCCCACUUCUACCAUGUACAGCUUCGAAAUGGUCUCCGAUGGGGCGUACCACAAGGCGGAACUUCUAGCUAUCAAGAAGAACUUUACUCUUCGCGUGGAUGAUGGGCCAGCUCGCUCCAUCAUCAACGAGGGCAGCAGGGAGUACCUACGGCUGGAGAGCGCCGUCUACCUGGGCGGGGUGCCGCACGACGUCGCCGAAAAAGCCUUCGCCAAGUGGCACCUGAGAAACAUCACCAGCUUCAAAGGCUGCCUGAAGGAGGCGUGGGUGAACCACAAGCGCGUGGACUUCACCAACGCGGCGCGCGCGCAGCGCACGGCGGCGGGCUGCGGCGGCGACGACGACGCGCCGCCGCGCGCGCCGCCCGCGCUGCAGCACGACGCGCGACACACGCAGGACCCGUGUGUACCGAACCCCUGCGCACGCGGCGGCCGUUGUGUGCGCGAGGAGGGAUCCUCAUCGGACUACACGUGCCGCUGCCCGGCGGGGACCGCCGGCGCACAAUGCGAGCUUAGAGCCUCUAUUGGUGGCGCCCCAGCGAUCCCGAGCAACAAGCUGUCUCCUCGUAAACCAGUCAUCAGCAAUGUUCAGGCAUCACCAGCGGCGCCGUCUCACAAGCAGUACCCCGCGGAGCACGCGCCGGCGCAACCCACGCCUGCCAACAACGGAUGUAGGAAGGAGCCGACCCGCGAGUUCAUCGAGGAGGGCGGCUGCCGCAGCCGGCGCGCAGUGCGGGGGGCGCGGUGCGCAGCGCCGCGCGGCGCAUGCGCGCGGCAGCACUGCUGCGCGCCCAGGAAGACUAAGAAGAGGAAGAUCCGUCUGGUCUGCACAGACGGGCGGCGAUACACCAAAGACAUAGAGAUAGUGCGCAAAUGCGCGUGCGGCAAGAAGUGCGCGCGCAACAACUCGCCAUUCUUACACUGAACUGACUCUUUCCCUGUCUCUCUCUUUGUUCUAGAAUGUUUCGUUGUCCUCACCUGAGCGUAAACUUUUUUUAUUCAUCGUUUGUUAAACAACAACAGACUACGUACAGACAUGAGCAAUAUAAUGUACCCACUUUAGGACUCUGUCGCACUAACAUAUUUGAUAUUUAGUGAGACUUACAGUUCAAUUUGUCAAAAAAGUUAAUGUGACAUGGUUCCAAAGUGUAUACAUAUUAAUGCUCGUGACCGUACAAACAGACAUAACAGAACUAAAUCCUAAAGACGAACGGGGGGUCUGAAAAAGCCACAUUAUUGUUGCAAAACACCUAAAAAAGCAAUAUUGCAAUUUGACAUUUGCGUAUAUAA